CUGCGCUUGCGCAGGGCGCUACUGCUGUGCUCGAGCUCACGUAGGCGCAGCGUGGCCAGCAGCUGUGGCCGCCUCCCCAUCCGCGGGCGGAGCGACACGGGCCCCGGCCGAUAUAAAGAUUCCGAAGAGGCCCAGCGACUCUGGGGCUGCGCCACACAGCAGGUCCUACCGUGUCUACCUUCGGCUCGGCGCAGGGAGAGCGGGGCCCAGCAGAACCAGCCAGCAGCCUCCUUCCCUCAGGUGUGUGCUGAAGCAACAGCUAUUGAACUAUGGCAUCCGUAAAGGUUUGGUGUAUUUUAGUUCUGAGCUUUCUGCUGCCUCAUUCUUAUGCCCAUAUGGACUUCUUCACUUCAAUUGGUCACAUGACAGACUUAAUUAACACAGAAAAAGACCUGGUGACAUCACUGAAAGAUUAUAUCAAGGCAGAAGAGAGCAAGCUGGAACAGAUCAAAAAAUGGGCAGAGAAGUUAGAUCAACUGACAGACACUGCUACAAAAGACCCAGAAGGAUUCUUGGGGCAUCCUGUAAAUGCAUUCAAGUUAAUGAAACGACUUAACACUGAGUGGGGUGAACUGGAGAAUCUGGUCCUGAAGGACAUGUCAGAUGGCUUCAUCUCUAAUAUGACUAUUCAACGCCAGUAUUUUCCUAAUGAUGAAGAUCAGGCUGGUGCAGCCAAAGCUCUCCUACGGCUCCAGGAUACCUAUAAUUUGGAUACAGACACCCUCUCCAGGGGGAAUCUUCCAGGUGUAAAGCACAAGUCUUUUUUAACAGCCGAAGAUUGCUUUGAAUUGGGCAAGAUUGCAUACACCGAGGCAGACUACUAUCAUACUGAGCUAUGGAUGGUGCAAGCUCUGAAACAGCUUGAUGAUGGAGAGGUGUCUACUGUUGACAAAGUCUCCAUUCUAGAUUAUUUGAGUUAUGCUGUGUAUCAGCAGGGGGACCUGGACAAAGCAAUGAUGCUCACCAAGCGACUUCUUGAGCUGGAUCCUGAACAUCAGAGAGCAAAUGGUAACUUAAAAUACUUCGAAUAUAUCAUGUCUAAAGAAAAAGAAGCAAAUAAGUCUACUACCAAAACCGAUAACCAGACUGACAAGGAAUCAAAGACUAAGAAAAAGGAACCAAGCAAAGAUUACCUGCCAGAGAGACAGAAGUAUGAAAUGCUGUGCCGUGGGGAGGGUCUCAAAAUGACGCCUCGGAGACAGAAGAAGCUCUUCUGUCGCUAUUACAAUGGAAACCAGAAUCCCAAGUACAUUCUGGGUCCUGUCAAACAGGAGGAUGAAUGGGACAAACCUCGGAUUGUUCGCUUCCUUGAAAUUAUUUCUGAUGAAGAAAUUGAAACCGUGAAAGAACUAGCAAAGCCAAGGCUGAGGCGAGCCACCAUUUCAAACCCCAUAACGGGAGUCUUGGAGACGGCACAUUACAGAAUUAGCAAAAGUGCCUGGUUGUCUGGAUAUGAAAGCCCUGUGGUAUCUCGCAUUAACAGGAGGAUACAGGACCUAACAGGAUUGGAUGUUUCCACAGCAGAGGAACUACAGGUGGCAAAUUAUGGAGUGGGAGGACAGUAUGAACCCCACUUUGACUUUGCACGGAAAGAUGAGCCAGAUGCUUUUAAAGAAUUGGGAACUGGCAACAGAAUUGCUACUUGGUUGUUUUAUAUGAGUGAUGUAUCAGCAGGGGGAGCUACUGUAUUCCCUGAAGUAGGAGCUAGUGUUUGGCCUAAAAAGGGAACAGCUGUAUUUUGGUACAAUCUUUUUCCAAGUGGAGAAGGAGAUUACAGCACAAGGCAUGCAGCCUGCCCAGUACUAGUUGGAAACAAGUGGGUAUCCAAUAAAUGGAUCCACGAACGAGGUCAGGAAUUCCGAAGACCGUGCACUUUAUCAGAGUUGGAAUGAUGCAGACUUUUCCCUGUCCUAUACUCGAGUUUGUGUAAAAUGUCUCCCCCAUUUAACUUUCUACAGUUUUUACAAUUUACUAACACUCCACUACAGGUACAGUCUCCAAUCACAUCCAGUAUUGUCUGUGAAGAAACAUCUACAUUGUUUUAGUUCACUCUACGAUAUCCCUGUUUUAUAUAGAGAGAAUAUAUUGAGAUUUUUCAAGUUUUUCAGGCUAGAAGGGCAAAAUAUAGUUGAGUCCGAAAUAACAGGGAUAACUUGUGAUUUAUAGUACCUUUUACUCUGUAGAAUCUCAGAUCAGCAGAGAAAGCCAGUAUGUGACUUGUGUUAGUCCUCACAAGCUUGAGUUUACCAGUGGUAAAAAAACAUGAACAAUCUAAUUUCAAGCACAGACUUCUUGUUUGGAGAGAUGCAUUAAACCAAUCCUUGUCUCCAGCUCCCAAUCGCAACUCUUUGUUGUAGCGUGCCUCACCACUACAAUUGAACAGUGGGCGUGGUUUGUGUUUCUCUGUGUGACAGGUUACCUUUGUGUUUAUCCUAGCCUGUUUUUUCAAUACUACACAAGCCCAGACUUAACGGACUUGUAAAUUCUCUCUCAUGCCUCUAAAGUGAAUUUGACUUGUAACCCAGAGAAUGUGAGCCUGCAAUCAUAUAAAGUACGUGUCGGAUACCUGUGUGCCUCAGAACAGCCUGACAGAAAUGACCUGCUUUCCAGGUCUAGUUUUGAUUUUAUGACUUAGUUUGUCCAUUUAAAAAAAAGCUGCUUUUCUGUGUCAUAGUAAUAAACCUUUACAUCCAUUUCUUGGACAGUGGGAUGGGGACUGUACCAUCUUUGAUUAAACAGAGCAUUGUGCCUUAGGAGACUGGAAUUUCAAAUUGGUUAUGAGGUAAUGCGCAAGCCUCGAAGAUUUACUUGUGAAAAGCCAAAUUUUCCAAUGCUGAAAUCUUUUGUGACAAAGGCAAUCUAUUUAUAAUCUUCACUCUUUUAAAAUGCUUUUUAUUUUGUGUAUGUUUUGAUAUGUUGUGUACAUUGAAUACAUGCCAUAACUGUGACUGGCUUUUCACCAACUCUGGACUGAAUUCACACAGGAUGUAGCUGAAGGUAAAAGUGAGCCACACCAGAACCUAGCAGGCCACCUUCUGUCAGUCUAAUCUUGGAUUAUGAAAUGCUGAAUAUUUUUAAUAGUGUAUGGGCAAACCCCAUUUUAGAUAAUUGGAUUUUCUACAUGAGUGAAAACUUGAAGAUUGAACCCAAAAGGUAUGAGAAUCCAACUAUUAACCUAUACAAAUACUUUGGCAACAGGGAUGCAAUUUAAAGGUACUACAGAGGACUCACAUCUUCAGAAGGAUUAUUAUAAAAAAGUUAAAUCAAGUAAUGUAUGGCAUAAAUAAAAUCUAGCAAAGAAAUAUGCUCCAACAGAACAGAGUUCUUGUUCUCUGAAUUUUGACCCUUUGACAAAUUUUUCAUCUCCCCCCCCACCCCCUUUCCUCUUGUGAAUUGUGAUGUAAAUCCCCCUCAUUUAAGUUUGUCACUCGUUUUUUUUCUUUUCUCCAUCCUGCUCUUCAUUCAUUCCUUUCAUAUGCUCUCUUUUGGUAACUAGGGCUGAAGUUUAGUCCUGCAAUUUUUAGAAAAAUGGAGUGGACAUGGCUAAGAGAGCUUGAUAGACAGUUGUCAGGCACAAAAAGGCAAAACACCUCCAUUUCCAAUACCUCCUCUCUGUAAUCAAACAAUUUCUCUAGUUAGAGACACCCCAGUAAUGGUGUGGCAGCUAAUAGUCUGGGUUUUUUUGCUAAGAAAAAAACCCACUCUUCUCUUACAUUUCAGUGCCUCUUUUUAAACUCGGUUUAAUUUCUUAAAAGGGGAAAUCUCAAUCAAUGGUCAGCUAAGUCACUGCUGUAUACUUGCUUGAAAGGUCUGUUGCUCAAACUGGAAGAAAGCAUGCUAUGCUCCAACCCACCCUUUACUUUCAGUCAGCAGUAGUGAGAAGAUGCGGGUAUUGCGUACCAACCUCUAACUCCCAACUCAAUUCAAGCAAAGACAAACAUACUACUCCCUCCCUUAAGAGAUUUGAGGUGGGAAACCAUGUUUUGGAGCCUAUUAAACUUCAGUUGGUAAGGUCAGAAAAUAGUCUCUCCUUCUGCACCCUCCCAUCAAUAAGCGUUUCUAAUGUUCAUAGAAUUUUAGAGAAGUUUCUAAGUAGUGUUGUUUCAAUUGCAUGAUGCUUAAGAUCCAGAAAUAAAUUCAUAUGAUAGCUUUUUCUUUUGUCCAUUUUCACUAAAUGAAAUUUGUUUCCCACUAGUGAAAAUGUUCCAUUGGAUAAAGUUAUAUCUAAGACUGGUUAAAUGUGUUGAAAAUCAUUUAAAAACUGAAUUCUUCCAAGUCUGGUUAGUAGGAAAAGAAACUAUUUACUUUAAUUGUUGUAGAUGAAGACCCAUAUUUCAUCUCCCCUGCUUGAAGCAUUCAUACAUUUAACACUGUGUAAAAGUACUGUUGCUUGCUGCCUUAUCCAUUAACUUUCUAAAAGGGCUUUCAGAUCAAGAGUUUGGCUCCUGUGUGAAUGCAGUUUAGUAUUAAAUAUGAAUGACAACUAUCUGGUUCACAGUGACUGACAUCUGAAAAAUUGCCUUACUAUUAAAUUUUUUGUAAAGUUUUUUUUAAAUGUAAAGAACAGGCUUAAAAUAAAAGUCACUGCCACUUACAGUGAAAAUCCUCAA